AUGGUGUCCGUCUUCACCGUGGUGAGGGCUCCAUCAUGGGCCCUGCCAAUCUCAGAGUUCCUGGAGAACGGAGUACUCCCCAUGGACGAGUCCGAGGCCCGCUCGACGAGCGUUUUCCAAUGCUGCGUCGAGCAGGACAAGGGCAUAGAGAUCCUCCUCGACAUACAUGAGGGCGAGUGCGGACACCACGCCGCCUCCAGGACCGUGGUGGCCAAGGCUUUCCACCAUGGGUUUUACUGGCCCACGGCCCUCCAAGACGCUGAGUCACUUGUCCUCAAGUGUGAGGGAUGCCAGCGCUUCAGCAAGGGCAGCCACCAGCCGACUUGA